AUGGGUUCCUGGCAGGCACCCAGGAUGGGGUGUGUGGGGGGGCAAAGGAUGAUGGCACUGCUGCUGGCUGGUCUCCUUCUGCCAGGGACCUUGGCUAAGAGCAUCGGGACCUUCUCAGACCCCUGUAUGGACCCCACCCGCAUCACCUCACCCAAUGACCCCUGUCUCAUUGGGAGAGGUGGCUCCAACAGCUUCAGCAGCCAGAGUGGCCCCAGCAGUUCCAGCAGUUCCUCUUCCAGUUCCAGUGGCUCCAGUGGUUCCAGUGGGGGCUCCAGUGGUGGCUCCAGUGGUGGUUCCAGUGGUGGUUCCAGUGGGGGCUCCAGUGGCUCCAGUGGUUCCAGUGUCUCCAGUGGCUCCACUCUCUCCCACGGUGGUUCUUCAGGAUCAUCAUUAUUUAAGCCAGGAACGGGGUAUUCUCAGAUCAGCUACUCCCCAGGAUCUGGCUCUGUUCAACAGGGUGCAUCCAGCUCCUCCCAGUUGGGAAGCUUCAGCUCCCAGUCAGGGUCUGGCUCAAGCUCUUCUGUUUCCCAAACCUCCUGGAUGUCCAACAGCGGUGGCAAAAGAGUCAGCUCCAACCUGCGCCCCUGUAGUUCCGACGUCCCUGACUCUCCCUGCAGUGGGGGACCCAUCGUCUCCCACUCUGGCUCCUACCUCUCCAGCUCCCACUCCGUGUCGGGAGGUCAGAAGCCUGUGGUGGUGGUGGUGGAGCAGCACGGCUCUGGUGGUCCUGGAGGGGUUCAAGGCAUCCCCUGUGGCAGCGGUGGCCUUCCAGGCAAGCCCUGCCCCCCCAUCACCUCUGUAGAUAAAUCCUAUGGCGGCUAUGAGGUGGUGGGUGGCUCCUCCAACAGUUAUCUGGUCCCAGGCAUGACCUACAGUGGGGGUAAAAUCUAUCCCGUAGGCUACUUCACCAAAGAUAACCCCAUCAAAGGCUCUCCAGGGGUCCCCUCCUUUGCAGCUGGGCCCCCCAUCUCAGAGGGCAAAUACUUCUCCAGCAACCCCAUCAUCCCCAGCCAGAGUUCUUCUAGUUCCAGCAUCUACCAGUCAGGAGCAUCGUCGGCCAUGGUGUUCCAGCCCGUGGGCUCUGGUGGCGUCCAGCCCUGCGGGGUUGGCUUCUCAGGCUCUAAGGGUCCCUGCUUCCCACGGGGCACCGGCCCUGUCAGAGGCAGCUCCAGCUCCCAAUCCGGCGGCACAAUCAUCCUUCAGCCCUGUGGCAGCAAGUCCAGCUCCUCUGGUCAACCUUGCAUUUCUUUCUCCUCCUCAACAUUGAGUGGCGGUCCCGACAGCUCUCCCCAGCCUGACCCUUCAGCUGGUGCCAAGCCCUGUGGCUCCAGCAGCUCUGGAAAGACCCCCUGCCGCUCCAUCCGGGACAUCCUAGCCCAAGUAAAUCCUCUGGGGCCCCAGCUGGCUGACCCCGAAGUCUUCCAACCCCAGGGAGAGUUAAACGAGAGUUCAUAA